GAACGGACGGCGAAGAAACCCUAACAAAAACCUUUUCACCGGCGAAAAUGCGAGCUCCGAUCGCCAGAUUUGUCUCGAGAUCUCUCGGUUUACUCCACCGUACGACGCCUCUGUCCGGCGGUUUUCGUCACCUAGGCGCCGUCGCUUCUCCCGAGGCUCGGACGCAGAAGCUCGAGCGCAUCGCUGACGAUUUACUAAAACUGAACAGGAUUGAGCUUUACGAUUACUCAAUCCUCUUCAGCCAUAAACUAGGUCUCAAUCGGUAUGGUUCCGCCGUAGCUGUUGCCGGAUCUGGUGGUGAUGCCGACGCCUCAGGUUCUGCGGAUACCAAAACGGCGGAGAAGACGGCAUUCGAUGUGAAGCUUGAGAAAUUCGAAGCGGCAUCGAAGAUUAAAGUGAUUAAGGAGAUAAGAUCGUUCACGGAUCUUGGAUUGAAAGAAGCUAAGGAUUUGGUUGAGAAAGCUCCAGUGAUUUUGAAGAAAGGUAUUACUAAAGAAGAAGCUGAGAAGAUCAUGGAGAAACUCAAAGCGGUAGGUGCUGUAGUGUCUUUGGAAUGAUAACACACAACAAUGUUCUGAGAUUGAGAUUAAAAUAAGAUGUAUUUGAAUUGUUGGAAAUCAAAACGAUCUGAAAUUUUUGAGAUUAUGAAUAUUGAUUGUUCUUACAAUA